GGGAUCAGUUUAAAAGUGCGCUACGUGAUUAAGAUCGCGUGAACUUUGUUAAACUGUUGAUAUUCAACUUACUGAUUAGUAAGAAAAUUGAUGAUGAAAUUCUUGCUAAAAAUUUUAGUUCAAUAGUUAAAUACUCUGUGGUAAAAAAAAAAUUAUAUAAUUUGUGUGGUGAUGCUUAGGAUUCUUUGUUUUUUUUACUGAAACAUCAAUUAGAUUAAAGGUCUUAUAUCCAGUUAAUUGAUUACUUCUGUUCUUAUGGUUUCACGAUUUCUUUUAGUGACGAUUUAUAAAUUAAUGUUAUUUUGAAGAUAUUUCUUCUAAGAGUUACUGGUGAUUUUAAUAAAUGUUAAUUAUGUGGUAAAUACAUUUAAACAUUCUAAUCAUAGAACACCUAACAGUGUUAAAUACUUGUACUGUUUAUAAUUUGGAUCGUUUGGAGCCUCUGGGUCUGCGGAGGGACUUCGGUUCCCUCUGUAUUUUGUACCGCAUGGGGAGUGCUCUGAGGAAUUGUUCGAGAUGAUACCAACGUCUCGUUUUUACCAUCGCACCGCCCGCCACCGGAGUAGAGUUCAUCCAUACUACCUGGAGCCACUGCGGUCAUCCACAGUGCGUUUCCAGAGAUCUUUUUUGCCACGUACCAUCCGGCUAUGGAAUGAGCUCCCCUCCACGGUGUAUCCCGAGCGCUAUGACAUGUCCUUCUUCAAACGAGGCUUGUGGAGAGUAUUAAGCGGUAGGCAGCGGCUUGGCUCUGCCCUUGGGAUUGCUGAAGUCCAUGGGCGACGGUAACCACUCACCAUCAGGUGGGCCGUAUGCUCGUAUGCCUACAAAGGCAAUAAAAAAAUAAAAAAAAACUAUGCGUACGUACGUACAUUAAGAUUCACUAAUAUCAAAGGAUCAUGAUCGUUCUCUAGUUCGACAAUUAGAUAUAAAUGUAGUUGUUGCGCGCCUAGAAAUUUCUCGAAGGUUAUUUCGAUUUAUUAAUCAAUAUUUAUUUAUUUAAAAGUUAGCCGUUGUCCAAAGAAUAUUUAUUAAUUUAUAAUUAAUGCAUUUUCGAUUGUUAGCUGCUCAAAUUAUUUAUUAAAAAGAAUGUAAUAAACGCAAGUAUAUAAAUAUUUAGUAGCAAUCAUUUAAAAAAGAGUUCACGCGAUAUGGAAAUGUUCGAAACGUUUUUAAGUUCUAUACCGAAAAAUCGUUAUGAUUUUGUUAAUGAACUCGAGAUACCGGAAGUCAGCCUGUCACCUUACGUCUGGACUGAGCACGAAGACUGCUUGAGCACGUCUAGCGACAGCCUGCUCAACAGUACUGUCGAUGACUCGGAAUCCGCCCAUCUGAGUCUGGACUCGAGCUUACCAUUGUCCAGAGCUAUGACUGACUCGGAAAUCGACUAUGGAUGGUAUAGACGGUUGAAAAAUAGAAAUACGCGUGAUCCGUGGGAGGAAUUAAGAACAGCUCUGGACGCGUUUCCACCUGACUAUCUGGAUUCAUUAUGCAGUUUUCAAGAACCGUCAUCGUUAACUACAGAAAGUGCUUACGUUCGCGACCGUGACAUUCGGUACGAUGAAGAACUGCGCAUGAAGAUGGAGAGAUUCUUUGAUGAAGAGUGUCGGGUGUUUACACCUGACGAUCCAGGACUUUACGAAUUGCAAGAGGCAUUGGAUGAAAUAGAUUUGCAGAGUCUGGAAUCCGAACUCAACAGCCUCGCUUCGAUCGCAAAGUAAUUUUUAAAUAUGAAAAUUGAAAACCGAUUUACUAUUCAUAUCUCGUAUGCACCACGAUUUAUGGAUUGUUAACUAACGCUCAUAUUUUAUAUCGUCAUUAGCAAAUAACCAAACGCGUUGUGAGUAUGUAGGUACGUACAUAUUUAUCGUUUUGUUUAUUUUGUAACAAACUUUAUCAGACAUGCAUAGCAACAAACCUCAAAUGUCAGUGACAAAAUUAAAAAGAUUCCUCAGUUUUAUCGAAUGCACUUUUGAACUCAUUUUUAUUUUUUAUUUUUUAUUGCUUAGAUGGUUGGACGAGCUCACAGCCCACCUCGUGUUAAGUGGUUACUGGAGCCCAUAGACAUCUAAAACGUAAAUGCGCCACCCACCUCGAGAUAUAAGUUCUAAGAUCUCAGUAUAGUUACAACGGCUACCCCCCCUUCGAACCGAAACGCAUUACUGCUUCACGGCAGAAAUAGGCAGGGUGGUGGUACCUACCCGUGCGGACUCCCAAGCCGUCCUACAGUGAUUACGCAAAUUAUAAUUUUGCGGGUUUGAUUUUUAUCACACGAUGUUAUUCCUUCACCGUGGAAGUCAAUCGUGAACAUUUGUUGAGUACGUAUUUCAUUAGAAAAAUUGGUACCCGCCUGCGGGAUUCGAACACCGGUGCAUCGCUUCAUACGAAUACACCGGACGUCUUAUCCUUUAGGCCACGACGACUUCAAAUUUAUAUUCAAUAUUAAUACCUUUUAAAUUUUUUGUCAUGAUGCUGCCUCUGUUUGACUGACUCAGUGGUGCAGUAGUUAGCGGGCCUGACUGUUGCGAGGAUCGUGGAUUCGAUUCCCACGUCGGCCCAACAUACGCACGAUGUUUCGUUUUCUUGGUCUGGGUGUUUGAUACUGAACUGUCUUAUGACGUUACCGGAGCUUAUCGACAUCACCUAUAUAAAUGACGCCGCACAGUUUGAAAACAUGAGUUCUAUGUCCCAGUUACUGGCAAUACCGUCUUUACCAUAAGGGCACACGGGGCCCGUGCCCAGGGCCCCCAUUCUCAGGGGGCCCCGAAAGACCGACAAUUUCUCUCACACGUUUAUUCUCAAAAUAUUUUUGUCGAGCACAUUACACUUUUUUCACAAAUCAGUAAUACAUAUGAGUCGACUAUUAUCAAAGCCGGCAAUGUGACUUUUGGACAAUUAUUGGUAAAUCAGAAAAACGAAUUAUUGACUUUGUAUUCCAUUGGCAGUCACAAAACUCUUCUGAACGACAUCUUAGAUAAAUAACAGGUUAACUAUUAACCUUUAUUUAAUGCAGGUUUCGAACCGUAUUCUUUGAAGGAGACGAUUAUAUUCAAAUCAAUCUGUAUUGACAUAUCAAUAAAUUUGAAAAUAUCAAUACCUUUGAUAAUAGACGACUCAUAUACUACAAGACAUAUACUAUACCUAUAAUAGAAGAUUUUGCUCAACAGAAAUCCCGAAAGAAACCGUUAUCGAAAUCGUAACCAAAAAACCAGCAGCAUUAUAUUAUCUAAUAUCAUCAAUUCUAAUAUCAUUAAUGACAUAUUUUAUUAUACUGUAUUUGAUUAAGUAUAAUAAAUGGUCAUACUCAGUUUUUUUUUUAAAUUAUAAUUAGCUUUUUUUACUUUCCAAAAGGGUCUCAAAUUCUUGUGCCCAAGGGCCCCGUCCUAGUUUAAAACGUCCCUAGUUACUGGUGGUAGACUUCUUGGGAGUCCGCACGGGUAAGUGCCACCACCCUGCCUAUCUGUCGUGAAGCAGUAAUGCGUUUCGGCUUGAAGGGCGGGGUAGUCGUAACUAUACUGAGACCUUGGAAUUCAUAUCUCAAGUUGGGUGGCAGCAUUUACGUUGUAGAUGUCUAUGGGCUCCAGUAACCACUUAACACCAGGUAGGCUGUGAGCUCAUCCACCCAUCUAAGCAAUAAAUAAAAAGUUUUAAUAAUAAAACGGCUACCUUCCAAGCCGCGUUGUUGCUUCACGGUAGAAAUAGCCACUUUGAGAAGGCGGCACGACAUGAGAACCCUCUUGUCGUGGCCGCUGGAAACUACAUACCCGAUCCUGUAGACCGAAAAAUAAGCAGUCGACGUCGCCCAAAGCACGUCAUUACGGAUCCUCCUGGUCCAUUAACGGUGCUUUUAGGCACCACAAGCACCGGUCACCGUCGUCGUGACCCGUCGAAAGGCUCGACGAGCGAAUUAACCCAUAGACACAGCCCAGAGUUUCUCGUCGGGUCUUCUCAGUGGGUCGCGUUUCCGAUCCGGUGGUAGAUUCUGCGAAGCACUGCUCUUGCUAGGGUCAGUGUUAGCAACACUCCGGUUUGAGCCCCGUGAGCUCACCUACACACGUUAGGGCGAAGCUGAAAUAGCCUCUCAAGGCUAUCGCAUAGGUAGGGAAAAAAAAUAGGUAAAAAUAGGCGGGGUGGUGGUACCUACCCGCGCGGACUCACAAGAGGUCCUACUACCAGUAAAAUACAAGUAACAAUAAAACAAAAUUACAUGUGAAAAAUGCGUUUUAAUGAAAAUGAUUUAAAACAUCACAACAAUUUCACCUCAAUAUUCUUCACUUUGUAUUACAUAAACUACUAUAAAAAACGGAUGUUACAAAAAUAUAAUAUAAUACCGUUCACUGAAAAAAAGAAGAAAAAAAAAUAAAAAUAUUUGGUAUUGCAUGAAAUAUUUUUUAAAUAUUAACAAUGAGAUUCGAAAUAAAAAACUUAAGCAAUAACUAUCCGUGGACAAUGUAAACACAACACUUAAACAGCUUCCCAUUUUAUUAAAUGUUCUCAUCUCUUGGAAUGUUUCUAUCCAACGCUAAACACGCAAUUAAGUAUUUAAAAUAAAGUUAUUUGAUACUUACUGUAUGUGAAAUUAAACCUUAUAUAUUGUAAGAUAAAAAAUUAAUAUCUAAACAAUGGACUUAACGACCAUAGAGAAUGUGAUUUUUUAAUUUUAUUGUACAAAAUCAAAUUGACAUCCAUAGAUAAUGUGUUGUGUUUUUUAUAUUAUUGUACAAAGAGUUGCAGUAUUAUACGACACAGUUCCAAGGAAAUAAUUUUAUGCGAACCAGCAUUUAUAACAAUUGUUAUAAAAUUUAUCGAACACUUUCAUAUGUAUUGUUUAAAUAUUCAGUAAGCAUAUGCUUAAUUAAUAGUAGUAAUAAAGCAUGCGUUAUAAUUACCAAAUAAGAUGCAAUUAUAUCUUGUUUUGAAAAUAUAUUUUUAAGUCUUUUUAUCAAUCCAACAAAGCAAACAUAGCUUUCGUCUGUGUGUGUGUAUUGGGUGAGAUCAGUAUAGAUAACCUAUAAAUCGAUGCCUCCAAUGAACACUACUCUAAGUCAAAAAUUUUAAAUUUUCGGUUUUCACGCAAAUCGCUUCACUAUUUUAAAAGUAUUACAAAUCAUUAUUGAUGGGAUUCGAAGCAAGAGUAAAUCAGCUGGUUACACAAGCAAAAACCAUAAAUAUAUCUGCAAUAAUAAAGAUUUUAUCAGCUUUUUUCGUUUAAACGCUCCUCCUGUAAACCUACGAAUUUGGAGUUAGCGUAGUGUUCAUUGGAGGCAUCGAAAUAUAAUAAUGGUACUUAAUUUAUUUGUGUACAUUCACGCUUAACGACAAGCUUUUCAUUGUCCUUUGCAAAUGUUUUCAAAUGCAUUUUCAAAAUUCGAAAAAUAUAUUUCUCCAGCUUAAAA